AUAUUUGGGAGCAACAAAGCGGAGAGCUACAAUUUCCCACUCUGGCAAGCCAUAGACACGUUUGUCUACUACACGGACAACAUGGUCACCAUACCCCCGCCAGGUUGGAUCACGGCUGCCCACAAGCACGGAGUGAAGGUCUUGGGUACUUUUACCCUGAAAUCCGAAGAAGGCGCGAAAGCCAUCAACAAGAUCAAGGGCGCCGGCCUAGUCGCCAACGUCGCCUCUCAGCUGGCCCGCGUCGCUGCUCUUCACAGGUUUGACGGCUGGCUCGUUCGCAUUGCAACGAGUAUGGAUCACAGCGCUGGCUACUUCGUCGUCGACCUGCUUGCGGCCAUGACCGAAGAGAUGCACCGUGCUGUGCCCGGUUCCACCGUCAUCUGGCAGGAGAGCGUUCAACCCAACGGAAAAGUCGAGCCGCAGUCUGAACUCAACGACAAGAACUUGGCCUUCUUAAACUCGUGCGACGGAAUCGUUCUGAAUUCCAAGUGGAACGAGAACCUGCUCCACAAAUCUGCUGCGACGGCCGGCAAACGCAGGGGCAACGUUUACGCGGGCAUCGACGUCCUCGCACGAGACACGUGCUACGAAGGCCGCUACGACAUGCACAAGGCAGUCGCAACUGCGCGUCGAUACGGCCUGUCUGCUGCCAUAUCCGGUGCAGGGUGGGUCUAUGACGAAGAUCACAUACUCCACGCAGAAAGGUCCCACUGGAGAUAUUUCACGUACGGCCAGGACAAAACGGUGAACUUCAGGGCGAACCAGUGUCUGUUGUGGGCCCUGCCCGAGGAAUGCCGCCCACAGUGGCGCGUUACGAAGCUGCCCCUGUCCACGACAUUCUGCCAGGGAUUCGGCACCUCGGUGUACAAGGAAGGCCGGGCCGUCAAGCCGGCCUCUUGGUUCAACCUGUCAGAGCAGGAGCUGCAGCCCCGAGACCAAGGAAGCAAGCUUUGCGGAGGCGGCGGGACGGCCAUGUUGGACACGUCGGUUUCAUACAAUGGCGGCGGUUGCCUGCGCUUGGAGUACGAUCCAAGACAGGCGCCAGGGUCAAAGGUCAUCCCGUACUUCAGGUUGUUUGCCUUCGAUCUACCGCUGGACUCGCUGUGUGUCCGCUACACCUACAAAAACAGGGUCGGAGGCAGCUUGACAGGGCACGACAUCAACCUGACACUGAAAGUCGGGGAUGCCGCUGGCAACAGAGAAGACUUGUCCCUGGGUUCGGUUAUCGUCGUCCCCCGGGGUGAAAAGUACAUCGUGGAACGUGACCUCACCAGUAGCGCCCAAGGUGACCAGGGCCGCGAACAGAGCGACUGGUUGACAAGAAAAUAUCUCGUCAAGGACGCCACAGGCUCCGCCAACCUCGAGGAAAUAGGAAUUUCCUUCAAUUCCAACGAAAGCAUCGGUUUUUUCAUCGGUGAACUCGUCGUGAAGCGGCCAGAGGUGCCUGCCGGCAGCAUCGCGGCGAGGGACCCGGACACGCAGACACCGAGCGACGAAGAUGGCGCAGGCCGACCGGAGACGGAAGCGAGACUCCGGGAAUGGCUGACGAAAAAAGACGAGAUUACCGGACAGCAGGAUCAGGCCGAAGAAGCGCCAGUCGCCUUCGACGUCUCGAUGUCCAGCGACGAAGGCGACUAGCGAGAAGCAGAGUAGCUUGAGCAGCACCAAAGAAUGGCGUCUUAAUUCAAUCGAUGGCAGCCUUGUUCGCAUCCAUUGGCCAGCCACAAUAAAUUGCUUUC